GUGCAAGUAUCUGGGCAUCACAUGUACGUCAACGUUGUUCACUGGAGUUAGGUCGCAGAAGAGCGCGGCCCGAGCGGGGUUCACCGAAGCUCUAAGCGUCACUUUGGGGGAGCUAGCCGACGCCGGUCUCAACUAUCCAAGAGACGAUCGGUGUAUGAAGAUCAUGGUUAAGAAUUCCUAAAAGGCCAUGCCGUUCCAAAGAGUAUGGGAUUCGUCGUGUCCCCAAAUCUACGACGAAUGGGAGUCCGAUGGAGCAAACUGGGUGAUCCAAGACCUACCUCCUGAAGAUGACGAAGAGGCCUUGAAGUUGAUGGUGGAACAUUUAUUGCCUGAUUCGGUCAUGAGCCAGCUUAGUGGAGUAGCAAAAGAAGAAACAAGCAAAGAAAAUAUGAAAAAAUUUUGGAGGCAUCAUCUAUCAAAGCGCAUGAGCCUCGCAUGCUACCACCUCAAAGAAGGAAAGAGAACAUUGGCAGCUCUAAAUUGCUGUUACGUAAAGCUUGCUGAUGAAAAGGAGGAAAUACCUGAUUUGGUAGAAGGACAAGCGUGGAGUAACGUUAACGAAACUUUAGCUUACUUCAAUUCGAAAGUAAAUGCUUUCGAAUAUUUGAAAACUGAUAAAGUGCUUUACGCCGUUGGCUUAGUGGUGAGGAGAGACUACAGAGGUGCUAAACUUGCAGCCAGGUUGUUGGCUGCGCGAGAGCCCUUGUGCAAAUCCCAAGGAAUAUCAUCUACAUCAACGCUGUUCACUGGAAUUGCGGCCCAGAAGAGUGCGGCCCGAGCCGGCUUCACCGAAGUCCUAAGCCUUACCCUACGGGAGCUAGCCGACGCAGGUCUCAAGUACCCGAGAGACGACGAUCGGUGUAUGAAACUCAUGGUUAAGAAGUAUUUUUAAAUAGAAAACCACCGUGAGACUCAGACAUAUUUACUAAAAUAACGGAUAACUCAUGUGUUUAAGUCGAAUUUUUGCUCAACAUGUUUCGAACAAAUAAGUGGCCUUAGAUCAUGAGAUUCCGCGGCUCGACGGAAACUGCGCCCCAAAGCCCUGGUAGCCCGAUCACUCAGUACUCAUGAUUAAGAACCACGAAUAGGUUCGAAACUUGUCGAGCAAAAAUUCAACUUAAAUACGUGAGUAAUACGUUAAGAAGCAUGUAUAAAGUGUUAGGUUCGAUGUCCACUGGUGGCGUCACCGCCAUCCGCACAUG